AUGGUCGACCGCCUCAAGCAACUCGCAUCGCACUUCACCUCCGCCACCUCCGUCCCCGGCCCUCCACCCAUCCAGCCCGGCGACAGCCAUGAAUACCACCAUCGGCACAACUUCCACACGCUCAGCCCGACAUUCUUCCUCCCCCGCGCGGCGCAAAUCGAACCCAAGGCAACGGCUAUAUACCACAAAACUGCGAACGGCAGGAUCUUGCGCCGCUCGUAUGAAGAGGUAGCGGACCGGGCGCGCGGUCUGGCGUAUUAUCUGCGCAAACAUGGAUAUAAGAGAGUGGGCAUACUCGCGACCAACACGCCUGCGUUUCUCGAGAGUAUCUAUGGGAUCGCAGCGGCGGGGAGUGUGAAUGUCGCGAUCAACUAUCGGCUGAAACACGAUGACAUUAGCUACAUAUUCCAGCACGCGGACGUGGAUAUGAUUAUUGCGGACUUUGAGUUCGUUGGCUUAUUGGAUGAGUAUAGGAAGGAGAGGCCGGGCGUGCCGAUUCUGGUCGAUAACGACACGGAUGCGACCGAGGGCGAGCUUUCGGGGCCGUUUGAUGAGGCGGUGUUGGAGGGACUGAAGUUCGAUGUUGAGAUGGGUGGGAAAGGGUGGAAGGAUUUGGAGGCGCAGGCGGGGAAUGAGGAAGAUAUCAUUGCGCUGGCGUAUACUUCGGGCACGACGGCGCGACCGAAGGGCGUGGAGUACACGCACCGCGGCGCGUAUCUUGCGGCGAUGGGCAAUAUCAUCGAAUCGGGGCUGAACUAUCACACCGGCCGGGCGAAGUAUCUCUGGACACUGCCGAUGUUUCACGCGAUGGGGUGGAUGUUCCCGUGGUCUGUCACCGCGGUGCGAGGCACGCAUUACUGUCUGCGGAAAAUCGACUACCCCGAGAUAUGGCGGCUGUUGAAGGAUGAAGGCAUCACGCACUUCAACGCCGCGCCGACAGUCAACACGCUCCUCUGCGCCGCAAAAGAAGCAGAGAAACUCCCACAGGAGGUCCGCGUCACAGUCGCCGCGAGCCCGCCUUCAGCAUGGCUCUUCGAACAAAUGACCAACCUGAACCUCCAUCCCGUCCACACAUACGGCCUGACGGAAACAUACGGCCCCAUCACAAAAGGCUACCACAUGCCCGAGUGGGAGACCAUCCCCGAGAAAGAAAAGUACGCGAAGAUGGCGCGUCAGGGACACGGCUUCAUCAUGGCGCUUCCCGUGCGCGUUAUCAAGACGGAGCAAGCCGAUGGCGUCCUCAUCGACGUGACGCGCGACGGCCAGGAAAUCGGCGAAAUCGUGUUCGAGGGGAACAUUUGCGCAAAGGGGUAUUACAAGGACGCCGAAGCUACGCGCAAAUUGUGGGCGGGCGGCGUGCUUCAUAGUGGUGAUCUGGCGGUUUGGCAUCCUGAUGGCGCGAUUCAGAUUCUGGAUCGCGCCAAGGAUAUAAUUAUUUCUGGCGGCGAAAACAUAUCCUCCGUUGCCCUCGAAGCCAUGCUCUCCACGCACCCGUCCAUCCUGGAAGUCGGCGUGUGCGCCGUCGCAGAUUCGCACUGGGGUGAGCGGCCUAAGGCCUUCGUGACGACGAAAGACGGGAGUAAUAGCGAGACGCUGGGCGCUGAGGUGAUCCAGUGGGCCAAGGACAAUAGCAAUAUUAGCAGAUUCAUGGUGCCGAGGGAGGUGGAGGUUGUUGCUGAGCUGCCAAAGACGAGUACGGGGAAGAUUAAGAAGAAUGUGCUCAGGGAGUGGGCCAAGGGGAAUAGGGAUGCAAAAUAG